CGCUUGGCUUUCUGCCUGGGUCAGGCGGCCGGGAUCGCCGAUCUGUGGAUUCGGGAGUGACAGCCAUGGCGGCCGGUGGAGAAGGAGGAGGAGGGAGGGACGCCGGGCAGCGGGCCCUGUAAGGUGCGCCGGGGUCCAGAUGUCACUCCGAACCAUCCUCAGCCAGCCACAGCGUCAGUCAUGGCCUCGCAGUACAACGCCCCAUUCGACGAACAGGGAGAGGUGAGAGAGGGCUUCCUGUGCCCCUUGUGCCUGAAGGAUCUUCAGUCUUUCUACCAGCUGCAGUCCCACUAUGAAGAGGAACACUCCAUCGAGGACAGAGACGUCAAAGGGCAGCUAAAAAAUUUGGUUCACAUCGCCAAGAAGGCAAAGAACAAGCUUCUGAAGAAAGAUGGAGGGGAAAAGGCUGAAGGUGGAUCCCAGGACCGAUAUGAGGCGUACAGUUAUGGAGGAGUGGAUCCACAUAUGUGGGACCCCCAGGAGAUCGGCGCUGCGCGGACUCACCUCUCUGACUUUAAGAGGCAUCGGGCGGCCAGGAUAGAUCACUAUGUGGUGGAAGUCAACAAACUAAUCAUUCGCUUAGAGAAGCUCACAUCGUUUGACCGCAUGAACACGGACUCUGCCAAGAUCAGAGCCAUCGAGCGUUCCGUGGUACCGUGGGUGAAUGACCAGGAUGUUCCCUUCUGUCCGGAUUGCGGCAAUAAGUUUACCAUGCGCAACAGACGCCAUCACUGCCGACUGUGUGGUUCCAUCAUGUGCAGGAAAUGCACCGAGCUCGUCACCAUUCCGUUUGCCAACAAGCUUACUAGCGCCAGCAAGCACUCGGCCUCCUCUCACAGCAGCCCCAACCUGUCCCCUAUCACCAGCGCUCAGGCCUCGCGCCGCGGCAGCAUCAGCAGUCUCAGCAGCGUCAGUUCCGUCCUGGAGGAAAAAGACGACGACAAGAUCCGCUGCUGCCAGCACUGCAAGGACACGCUGCUCAAGCGGGAGAUGCAAAUGGACGAGAAAGAGCACACGCCAGACAUUGUCCGCCUUUACCAGAGACUUCGAAACUGCAUGGACAAGGUGGAUGAGAAGGCCCCUGAAUACAUCAGGAUGGCCCAGUCUAUUAAUGCUGGUGAGACAACCUACAAUUUGGACCAUGCCAACAACCGGAGGGUGGAGGUGCAGAAGCUCUAUGAGUUAAUAGAUGCUUUAAGCAAAAAAAUCCUAAUCUUGGGAGUAAACGAAGAGCCCAAACCUCACCCGAAAAACUUGCAGCUGCAGAAGAUGGUGCGGUACUCGGCCACGCUGUUUGUACAGGAAAAACUUUUGGGUCUGAUGUCACUGCCAACCAAAGAGCAAUAUGAAGCGCUGAAGGAGAGGCGUAAACAAGAAAAUGAGCUGAAACUACAGAGAGAGCGACAGGCUGCUCUUGAUGCCCAGAAGAAGGGAGAUGAGAGGAGAAGAGAUGGCUUCCAGCGCCCCACAGACAUAGUGAACGGGGAGCUGCAGCAGAGGGGUCGUAUUCGGAAGGUGGAGGGGUGGCUACCUACAUCGGGUGCUCUUCGCAUUCGAGAGACCUCAGACCCUCUUCUGCAGCAGAUUGAAAACAUCACCUCUUACGUCAGUCAGGCGCGUGAAGCUGGGAGAGUGGAUGAGGUGAACAUGCUGGAGGACAACCUGAGGCAGCUGCAGGAUGAAUAUGACCAGCAGCAGGUUGAGAGAGCCAUUCAGAUGUCCAAGGAUCUGGCCGAUGAGGAGGACAUGCAGAGAGAGCAGCUGGAGGUGCUGAGGGUCAGGGAAGAAAGCCGCGAGAUACGCAAGGGGCUGACCCAGCACAACAGGACUCACUCGCUGGAUUUCCGAGAGCAGAGCCGUCCCGCGAGGUGGCAGGACAAGCAAACGGCAGCCCUGGAUCUUCAGCUCCCAAAACGAGACACUAGCCCUAUUCAGACAUCUCCGUCAAUUUCUCAAAGGUCUUUAGAAACUCUUUCCAACUUCCGUAUUUCCCCUGUUCUGCCAAAGGUGGAAGAGACCAAACCUGCCCUUACAAACCCCUUUGAGGAUGAUGGCGACGAACAAGUGCCUGCUUCCUCCUCGGACCUUAUCCAGCAGAACGGCACCAGAGAGUAUAACCCAUUCGAUGAGGAUGAUGAUGAGGAGGAAAAGCCGGAGGAACAAGCUGAGAAAACUGUGGCCUCCACCAAUCCUUUUGAGGACUCUCCCGGCAUGUCCCCCCAAGCACCUGCCUCAAAAAAUCCAUUUGAGGUAGAUGAUGGGGCUUGUCUGGGAAACCCGUUCGAUGAGCCUGAUGAUCUGGGAACAAACGAAGAGGAGGUGAUAGAAGAAGACCUACUGCUGCAGCAGAUCGACAAUAUCAAGGCCUACAUAUUUGAUGCCAAGCACAGCGGUCGGCUGGACGAAGUGGAGGUCUUGACGGAAAACCUCAGAGAACUGAAGAAGACUUUGGCCAAGCAGAAGGACCAGUCAAAAUGACCAGCCAGGACAGAAGACAUCUUUUUUUUUUUUCUUUUCAGAAUAAACUGUUCUUCAUCCUUUCCAGCCCAUCAUGCAUAUGAUUAUAAGUUGGCAACCAGCAUAAUUCAUGGAGGUGGGAUGGGCACCAGAUGUACACAGAGUUCUCUCUGUAAUAAAACCUUGGAAUGGAUCGGACGCAUCCUUUGUCUGCAUCUUCGUUCUGCAGAGAAAAUAUGUUUUCUAAAAAAGGGUCUCUGCACAAAAACUUCAUGUAAUGGUGGCAGACAGUGUGGAAAUAUCCACCCCGUUUCCUUUAAGAGAUGAUCACCUUUCCAUUGUCCUGCUAAUCUAAAGUCUGGCUUGUAGUCAAAAACCCUGCAGACUGACAACGGGCCAAGCUGGCCGGCCAGCCACCCUUCCCUCUUCCCCUCCUGGUGAUGUCAAAGGCCAGUUCAUCUUGAUUAUUUCCUACAGCAUCGAAUGACUAGCAUGGUAGCCACCAAGAAGCAUGGUAGCCACCAAGAAGCAUGGUAGCCACCAAGAAGCAUGGUAGCCACCAAGAAGCAUGGUAGCCACCAAGAAGCAUGGUAGGCCACCAAGAAGCAUGGUAGCUACCCAAAAGCAUGGUAGCCACCAAGAAGCAUGGUAGCUACCCAGAAGAAUGGUAGGCCACCAAGAAGCAUGGUAGGCCACCAAGAAGCAUGGUAGGCCACCAAGAAGCAUGGUAGCCACCAAGAAGCAUGAUAGCACACCAUAUUUUCCAAUACCGUGUUUUCUUAGUUAAUCUGGCCCGUAAUAUCAACCUGGUGGCUAUCGUCUUAGCUGAUUGUCGGGCAAUGCCGUCCUUGACAUCCAAUCUGACAUAUAGGUAUCAUUGCACUCAGUAGGCCCUUGGACAGAUGUGAUUUGCUCUCUUUCGAAAGCUUGGAAUUGGAUAUUUACGUCAAAAUGGACCUAAAAACCAAAACUUGGCAGAGUGCUGAAAGGUUAGAACCUCUGCCUUUUAAUUUUUUAUUUUUUUUUGCCAUGUUCCCCUUUGGUCUAAUUAUUCUCCACCGCCCCGCCCUUGACCUGGAAGUGCAACAGGAAUUGAUGGACGUUUUCCCUCGUUUUGUCUUCCAGUGACCAUUCGAUUACUCGUAACGUUCUGUUGACAGAAGUCACCAGCACGGGAAGUCAGGGUAAAUCUCCCCCAAAGGGGAUACAGACAACCGUAAAAACCUAAAGUGGGGCUUCUAACUUUUUCUACGCUAU